AUGGGUAGUAUUCCCAUAAUUAUAGGAACUGUAUCUGCACCUAGAUAUCCAGCUGUAGUCAAAGUUGGCCAUGCUCAUGGUGGUACUGGAAAAGCCAGAGCUGAAAACAACCAAGAAUUCGCAGAUUUGGCAUCGCUUGCAGCUCUAACGAAUACUUAUUGCACAGCCGAGCCUUACAUUGAUACAAAAUAUGAUGUUCAUGUCCAAAAAAUUGGCACUAAUUAUAAAGCAUUCAUGCGCAAAAGUAUUAGUGGCAAUUGGAAAUCAAACGUUGGAUCAGCAAUGUUGGAACAAUUAGCAGUUACCGAAAGACAUCGAUCUUGGAUAGAUUCUGUGGCUCAACUAUUUGGAGGCUUAGAUGUAUGUGCGAUUGAGCUUUUAGUAGGUAAAGAUGGACGAGAAUACAUUAUUGAAGUAAAUGAUAGCGCGUUAUCUUUAAUGGGAGAUUCACAAGAAGAAGAUAGACGUCAUAUUGCCGAUUUAGUCACAGCGAAAAUGCAUGUGAGUAAUAACCUCCAUAACAGUAUAUUUAUUGAUCAAUUCUGUGUAUUUUUUGGUGAUAUAUUUACUAGCUGA